AUGUAAAUGUCAGAAGGAGAAAUACAUGUAUAUUCAGCAGUCAUCAGAUGCCACGUCUUGCACUUGCUCUUGUCAAUAGCCAUGUAAUCGGAAAGAGCAAAGACAAGGCAUGCUGUGAGCUCUGUGUUCACCUUCAACCAAAUGGUUGUGUCAUUCUUGAAUCGGCCAGGAACCCAGGUCACACCAUCACUUUCAAUCUUCAUGGCAAAGUAGCUGAUGAAACAACAGGAUAUGCUGGACUUUCCAAAGAAUUUGUUGUACAUGUCAAGGGUGUGUUUCACCAUGGUGCCAUCAUUCUUCUCAACACAAGCCUCCGCCAGGCUCUGUCUCUGAGGCCUGAUGGUAGCUGCAGUGGAGCAGGUCUGCAGCAUUCAGAAUCCUACUGGAAGGUGCAUAAAAUUGGCUCUGGACUCUGCAUGUUUGAAAGUGUGAGAAACCCAAGGAUGUAUCUGAAGAUCAAAGAUGACCAGUGUAAUGGAACAGGCACAGGUGAUGAAUACUGUCACUUUAGAAUUGAGAAGAAUUUGGAAACUGGAUCUGUAAGUCUAGAAUCGGUGCAACAUAAAGGGAUAUAUGUUGGUCUCCUGCCAGAUGGCCAGACUAAGCCAGUCAUUUACACUGGAGAGAGGAACAUUUUUUUCUACCCGCAGGUCAUCAAAUGUAUGUAAUUUCUUAAUAU